GUAGUCCCGACGUUCAUAGCAAAAGCUGAAAACCAUUUUGUUCUACUGAAAGAUAUCAUUAUGAAUCAGACAGCACUAAGAGAGACAAUCAGUAAAAAUUUCCUCACGGAACUGUCGUGGUUUCCCUUCAACAAUUUGACCCCCGAUGAAGAGAGUUACUACAACACAACUGGGAAAGCACAAUCAACAUGGAGUGCUGCCAAUGACUACAUCUGGCUCAGACAUAUCAACAGGGCUACAGAUGAGGAAGUGGUAGGACAAGAGAUUCUACCACCCGUGUAUCUGCCAACAAACGGUUCACUGUCUGGUGGCAGUGGCAAGGGGUUGCUGAAAGCUAAAGUAAACCUAUCAUUACCUUGUCAACGCAUUUCCGUGAUUUUCCCGCCAAGAUGGGGAACUGAGACCAGUGCCGCCUUUCUGCUCAACAUCGACAAUGAUUUUGAUACUCCCUACAGAGCUCUCAAUUUCAUGGUGAACAGAACCGAGCAGCAGAUCCGAGAGAAGGGCAGCACUCCCCUCAACGCUUUCCUGCCUCGAUUCUUCAAGAACAGCGAUUGCUAUCUGUGCUACAGUAACAAUGAGAUCACCAGGCCUAACGACAGUGGGAGGACCAUGGUGAUUGAUUUCCUGGCCCCGCCCACACAAGAAGGCUUCUACCCGGCUGCUGCUGAUUUUGCCAACCAAUUUAAAAACGAGAAAGUCCGACCUCACUGGGGAAAGCGUCAUGACAACAUACCCGGGAUCAUUGACAUCAUUCAUCAGACCUACGGCCAACUCCUCCCACAGUUCCAAGAGCAAAGACAAUUGGCUUAUGUCGACCCAUGUGACAUGUUUAUGAAUUCUUAUUUGUUGGCUAUAUUUGGCCGCAGCAAGAUAUGCCCUUAUUAG